AAUAAUAAAGUCAUUUCUUGCCGAGUCCGAGCAGUAUUCGGAGUUUUUGGGAUAGUUUCGCAAUUUUUGCUGGAGUUUGCGUAUUUCUGGAAUUUUAUUGUCUUGCGCUUCUAUCCGUCGAUUUAAACUAAUUUCAGUGAAAAAUGUGAAUCUAUAGGAACAACGAUGGUGCUUUUUGGAUUGAGCACGUAAUAUCAAAAGAGGCAUUUGAACAUCAUUCAUUUUCAAGAUGAACCCUCACUUAGAAGAUAAUCUAGACUUGAGGCCCUUUUUGAAUUGCGCUGACAGGAUUUUAGAAAACGGCACUCACAACGGAAAUGAUUUGAACAGCGAUGACACUGAAGAUGAGGGUCAAGAGUCAAAUUCGUUUGAUGAUCUCCAUGGAAUGGAAAGGGCGCAGCUCUUUAAUUUCUCUUCGAUUGGGUUAGACCGGCAAUGGUUACAGGACACCCUCCUCAGCAAUACGGAUGACUCAGAUGAGGAAGACGCAGGUUUGUCUCAGUCAUCCAAGGAUGAGAAGAGGAUCAGCUUUCUUCUCAAAGAGCACUCAAUGGUCAAGAGGCUGCAAAAGAAUUUCCAGACAAAAAAUGAGACACACAAAUGGCUGUAUUAUGGAGCUGGAGUCCUGUCGAAAGAUGACCACUACUGCCAAGGAAAAAGACCGAGCAUAAAAUCAGAGCCGCAUCUUUCAUCACUACCCUCAAGAGACGAAGAUUCGCUUGAUUUCAAACCUUUGCAGAAGCAGAAGGUCAAUAAUGGAAUUAAAAGAGAACAUGAUGACAAAGCAAAGUACAGAGUUGCAAGCAAGAGGAAGAAAAUGGUGCAAAAAGUUAAUAUUGAAGCUCUGACUGCAAGGAGAAGGAAGGUUUGGGUAACACUGUGCAAAAAGGAAAUCGGAAAGGUGCAAAGAGGAAGGAGCAACACCCACAAAGAAGUGCUGACCAACUGCAAAAGGGCAGCGCAACUCUGCAUGAGAGUCGUCCGCAACAAGGCAAACCAGUCUCAGCGAAACAUGAAGGACACAGUGUGGAGGAUGAAACGGCUGACUAGGGAGAUGCAGUCGUAUUGGAAAAAGACUGACAAGGUGGAGAGAGAGGCGCGCAAGCGAAUGGAAAAGGAGGCUGAGGAGCAGAGGAAGCUGGACAUCGAACUCAUGGAGGCAAAGCGGCAGCAACGCAAGCUCAACUUCCUGAUCACCCAGACUGAGUUAUACGCGCACUUUAUGCAGCGCAAGCUAUCGCACAAGCAGGCCAGUGAUGACAGGGAAAUGGGCGAAAUUCUGCGGCAGCUGGAGGAAACAAGCAAGCUGCCCAAGUCCAUCCAGUACGACGACUAUGACAGUGAAGCCAUGAAGCACAAGGCCAAGACAAACGUGACGGAGGCACUGCGCAUGGAUGAGGCGAGAGUCGAGGCUUUUCCAUUAAUGUCCUUCGGCAAAGCCGAAACCGAGGAGAAGCAGCCGGACAUGUUCAGAGGCGUCCUCAAACACUACCAGUUAAAAGGCGUUUCUUGGCUGGCCAACCUUUACGACCAGGGCAUCAAUGGAAUUCUGGCUGACGAGAUGGGUCUGGGUAAAACUGUACAAGCCAUCGCGUUUCUCUGCCACAUCGCGGAGAAGUACUCAAUCUGGGGGCCGUUUCUCGUAAUAUCCCCAGCCUCAACCCUGCACAACUGGCAGCAGGAGUUUGCGAGAUUCGUCCCGAAAUUCAAAGUCAUUCCGUACUGGGGAAAUCCUCAAGAGCGCAGGAUUCUUCGCCAGUUUUGGGCCAACAAAGAUGUGCACACGGAGGACGCGUCGUUUCAUGUUGUUGUCACGAGCUACCAACUGGUGGUGUCAGACAUAAAGUAUUUCAACAGGGUCAAGUGGCAGUAUCUAGUACUCGACGAGGCCCAAGCGAUCAAGAGCACAACAAGCAUCCGGUGGAAAAGCCUGCUCGGCUUCCAGUGCAGAAACAGACUGCUGCUGUCGGGAACGCCCGUCCAAAACUCAAUGGCCGAACUCUGGGCCUUGCUGCAUUUCAUAAUGCCAAUGUUGUUUGACAGUCACGACGAGUUUGCUGAGUGGUUCAGCAAGGAUAUCGAGAAUGUUGCUGAAAAUAAAGGAUCCAUCGAUGAGAAGCACUUAUCACGUCUCCACAUGAUUCUGAAGCCAUUCAUGCUGCGCAGGGUGAAGAAGGACGUGGAGAAUGAGCUUUCUGAUAAAAUUGAGAUAAUGGUUUACUGCCCACUUACUAGUCGCCAGAAAUUGCUCUACACAGGUCUGAAAAAGAAAAUUAGGAUCGAGGACCUGCUCAGUACCUCCAAUUCAUCGUCGCAAUCAAACCUCGCUUCAAAUUUAAUGAACUUAGUGAUGCAGUUCCGCAAAGUGUGCAAUCACCCUGAUUUGUUCGAGCGGCAAGAACCAAAGAUGCCUUUACAAGUCCACCCGCUCAACUACAAAGUGCCAAGACUGCUCUUCGAGAUGGGAAACUUUCAGAGACGUAAUUUCCGGGAGCCAAGCAUUGUCGAAAAGUUGUUUAAUAUUUUCGCGCCUGAAAACGUUCAUCAUGGAAGCCUUGGACAAAGCGGUACCUCAACAUUUGCAUUUGCCAGGUGCUGUGGCCUGUCACCUCAAGAUAUAUCCGACAUUCAUGAAAUCGGUCCACGCAAAAUAUGGGAAAUCGAAUCUUACGACCUCAGUAUAGGAAGACGAAGCGCGAUUAAUAUUAAAAUUCGAGGCAAGAAGUUUGCGCCGAAAGAAAAUCUACCUAGUCUAGUUUUCACCAACUAUUCUGGUGGCAGGAUUCACGGCUUUGGAAAUGUUACUUUGCAUAGCAUGAAGGAGACCUUAGAGCACAGAGCAAUCCGCAGUUCAAAAAUUCAGAUAAAAUGUGAACCAAGCAAAUCCUUGUCGCCGACCAAAAAGAAUCAAGCAGUCAGAGUCAUGCUGCCGGAAUUCGAGCACACCCACAGAGCCCCUCAAAUCCUCCAGUGCCAAGCACUUGACGUACCUGAUUUUCUGCUGUGCACAGUCCGAAAGAUUGACACGACUGCAAGGCGACUGUACUGUUACCACCGACGGGCAGUGAACCUGCUCACCGCGUCUGAAAGCUACGCCGAUCACUUCCUGAAGUCAGGCCCUGAGUGCCCGCCGAAACCCGUUCCUUGGGGAAGCAGACCGCCUCUGACCGGCUACGUUGCAGCCAAGCCUCUUGGUGGCUGGUUCAACAUACAAAUCCCUCACAAACAAAGCCUCAUCUCAGAUGCUGGCAAGUUGGCCGUGUUGGACGAGUUGCUACAGAAGCUGAAAGCAAACGGUCACCGGGUGCUUGUCUACUCGCAGAUGACCAAAAUGAUAGACCUACUGGAGGAGUUCAUGUACUACCGCAAGCAUACCUAUAUGAGGCUCGACGGCAGCAGCAAAAUUUCUGAGAGGAGAGACAUGGUUGCCGACUUCCAGAACAGGGAGGACAUUUUCGUGUUCCUGCUUUCAACCCGAGCCGGGGGUCUGGGCAUCAACCUCACUGCCGCCGACACCGUCAUCUUCUACGACUCUGAUUGGAACCCAACGGUGGACCAGCAGGCCAUGGACAGAGCCCACAGGCUGGGCCAAACGAAACAAGUUACCGUGUACCGGCUGAUCUGCAAAGGCUCAAUCGAGGAGAGGAUAAUGACCAGAGCCAGGGAGAAGAGCGAGAUUCAACGAAUGGUCAUCAGUGGUGGUGGUGUGAAGCCUGACUCAUUGAAACCGACUGAGGUGGUGUCGUUGCUGCUUGACGACGAGGAAAUUGAGCAAAAGUACAAGCAAAAGCAGGCUGAGCGUAGGAGAGCGGAAGAAAUGAAGGCAGUCAUACCAGCCAUUGCCACCAUCAAGCAGGAAGCAGCUGAUCCUGAUGAAGGUGGCCCCUCCGAGGGCUCGUCAUUGAUAGACGACAGUGAAGGAGUUUUAACUAUUGAUUUGGACAUUUGUCCCAAAAACCUGCCAGCGAAAGCUAGAACAAACUCCAUUAUGAAGGCCGUGAAGUGUAUGGCCCCGAAGCCAAGAGUCCCCUCCGGCAGAUCACGGGGCCGGCCCCGCAGCGCGGGAAUCACUCGGGCGAUGGUCAACCUGGACGGCCAGGAGGGCGGCUCCCCUUCUUCAGCUAGCAGCAGCCAGUCGGCCCUGGAGAGGAGAGGGAGGGGCAGGCCGCGGCUCAAGCCCUACGGACCAGCGAACCAAGGUUCAAGGAAGCGCAAGAAGCAAGCAGACACCUCCGAGGGCGAGUUCACCAUCGACCAGCUGAAUCCGUCGAUAGGUUGCGCUUUGCCCGCCGACAAUAUCAACACAAUCGACCUCGAUUUGGACGUUAACUCGUGGAACUUUUUGAACAAGUGAACCACCUCAUUGCCAGCUGGGAUUGUGUUUUCAAUCAACGCAUGGACAAUUCGCACUCUUGAUUCAAGUGUUAACUGUGUUCUUAGCUAAUAAAUUAAGAAAUUCAUA